AUGAUCAGAAGAAGAAGACAACGAGUGUUAUCAGUGCCUUGGUUGGUGUGGUGUUUGUUUCUGUGUGCCACAAACUUCAGUCUUGUCCGAGGUGCUAGUACUGGUAGAAACCUGUAUGAUGUUCUGGGAGUUUCCAAGCGGUGCAGUGAGAAAGACCUGAAGAAAGCGUACCGCAAAUGUUGCUUGAAAGAACAUCCAGAUAAAGGCGGCAAUGAAGACAAAUUCAAAGAAAUCCAAAAGGCGUAUGAUGUACUCAGUGAUUCUCAACAGAGGCAAAUGUACGACCAAUUUGGAGAAGCGGCUCUCAACCAUGGACAAGGACAAGGAGGUACUGGAUCUACCAGUACAGGUACAGGUGGACCCAAUGUCAAUGUGCCUCCCUUUUUCACUGCUGGACAAUACCAAUCACAAUCACAAGGACAAAACCAAAUGCCAAACUUUUUCUCCUCCAACAACUUUCAAGGAUUUCAAGGAAACUUUCCAGGCAAUCUAGGAGGUUUAUUUGGUGGGGAUGGGACUACCGGUACUGCUGAUGGUAUCAAUCUACAAGAUCUAUUCCGGGGGGCUAGUAGAUCUACUGGCACUGGCAGUACUGGAGGCAGAAAGAAUGGAGGAAAUGGAAUCGACUUGGAUUUCUCAGAUAUUCUUAGACAAAUGGGACAGGGACAGGGACAGCAAGGACCAUCCUCCGCCAGCUACAACAACAACAACCACUACAACAACCAUAGACAAAUGCAACCCAUUACCAAGGAUUGCCCUUGCUCUCUGGAAGAAUUGGCGACCGGUGCUACCAAAAAACUAAAGGUGGCAUUUGCGAAAGACAGAUCCAAAAUAUACACCAUUCAACUCAAGAAAGGAUGGAAACCAGGGACCAAAGUUAAGUUUGAAGCCUCCAGAAUAAACAACAGUUGGCUCCCUCCCAUUACCUUUAUCAUUCAAGAAAAGAAACAUCCAUUCUUGGAACGACGAGGGGAUGAUCUAGUCCACCGGUACAAUCUGGAUCAAAUGCAACAUCUUGGUGGAUCGAAUGAGGAGAAUACUAGUACUUCCAGUAUCCAUAUUGAGCUGGUCUUGCCGGAUGGGGAAGCGUGGAGUCGGACUCUACCAAAGAAAUCUUCCUUUCUAAGACAUGGACAAUCACUCACCAUUACGGGAAAGGGAAUGCCAAUCAAGGGUGGACCCAAACGAGGAAACCUCAUUAUCGAAUUCUACAAAGAAUCAAACACAAAGUCAAACAGCUCCUCGGCCUCCAAAGCGAAGCAUCGUCGGUCCUGA